AUGGAUGAACACGAUGCUGAGAAUGCUCGACGUGAUGAGGAGCAACGACUUCUUGACACUCAGAUGGCAGGGGUAGUCUCAUACAUGAAGGAAAAAGAUCCCGCGUAUGCAGCACUAGUCGCUACUCAACAACCGCCGCCAGCAACUACUACACCAAACACAGCACCAGCCAACGACACAACAGCUAUUUCCCUAACCGUAACCUCACCAGAAACUGCACCACGAACCAUACCAGCGACCUUUGAGAUGUUACACUCAUACAUGAAGGAAAAAGAUCCCGCGUUUGCAGCAUUUCUCGCUACUCAACAACCUCCGCCAGCCACUACCACACCAAACACUGCACCAGCCAACGACAAAACAGCUAUUCCCCUAACCGCACCAGGAACCUCACCAGAAACUGCACCACGAACCACACCAGCGACUGCAUCAACCAAUUUACCCUUAUCAAACACUUCCUCAUCUACUUCUCCAGCAUCCUAA